CAGGUCCAAACGCUCUCCAAGUGAAACUCUAUAAAUUGCCAUGACUCUGAGGGCUGGCGACGCUGCGACAGCUUGCCCAACUUUUACGCGAAGAAAUAUAUGUACGCCGGCGAGCCAGAUCUCUGCACCAUACUCUCUCUCUCUCUCUCUCUCUGAAACAUCAAAUCGGCAAUGGAGCGCGAGGGAAUUCUGUUGGGGAUGGGAAACCCCCUGCUGGACCUAUCAGCAGUCGUGGACGAGCAGUUUCUGCAGAAAUAUGACAUCAAGUUAAACAAUGCUAUUCUUGCUGAGGACAAGCACUUGCCCAUGUAUGAUGACUUGGCAUCUAGUUACAAUGUGGAGUAUAUUGCUGGAGGUGCAACUCAAAACUCAAUAAAAGUUGCCCAGUGGAUGCUCCAAAUUCCCGGUGCAACUAGUUAUAUGGGCUGCAUUGGGAAGGAUAAGUUCGGGGAGGAGAUGAAGAAGAAUGUAAGACUUGCUGGUGUUAAUGCUCAUUAUUAUGAAGUUGACACUGUCCCAACUGGUACAUGUGCCGUCUGUGUUGUUCGUGGCGAGAGGUCAUUGGUUGCCAACUUGUCGGCUGCAAACUGUUACAAAUCUGAACACCUGAAGAGGCCAGAAAAUUGGGCUUUGGUUGAAAAGGCCAAAUAUUUCUACAUUGCUGGGUUCUUCCUUACUGUAUCCCCAGAGUCAAUUCAACUUGUUGCUGAACAUGCGGCUGCUAACAAUAAGGUUUUCAUGAUGAAUCUUUCUGCUCCCUUCAUAUGUGAGUUUUUCAAGGACGUGCAAGUGAAUGCCCUACCGUACAUGGACUAUGUUUUUGGAAAUGAAACGGAAGCGAGGACCUUCUCUAAAGUUCAUGGUUGGGAGACUGAUAAUGUUGAGGAGAUUGCUAUAAAGAUUUCCCAAUGGCCCAAGGCCUCAGAAACACACAAGAGGAUUACCGUAAUCACACAGGGUGCAGAUCCUGUCGUCGUUGCUGCGGAUGGGAAAGCAAGAUUAUUUCCUGUGAUUUUGCUACCCAAGGAAAAGCUCGUUGAUACUAAUGGGGCAGGGGAUGCAUUUGUUGGGGGAUUUUUGUCUCAGCUGAUUCAAGAGAAGCCCAUUGAAGACUGUGUUAGAGCUGGAUGCUAUGCGGCAAAUGUUAUAAUUCAAAGGUCUGGCUGCACUUACCCAGAGAAGCCUGAUUUCAGUUAAGCUUACUCUUGUAGCUCUGCACCCUCCUUGGGUUCCCGGUACACAUCCAUGAGUGGCAGAAUUAUUUUUCUUGCUGCGGUUUUCUUGGUUUGUCUUUAUGGUGGCCUGCAUUUUUGGCUCCUGAACCCCUUCACCUGGCAUAGGAGUUGAUAUUUUGUUUCUCCUCUCUCUCUCUCUCUCUCUCUCUCUCUCUCUCUCUCUCUCAGCUGUUAGUUUUUUUUUCAGUGAACAAUGCUCAUCCAGGACAUGGAUGAGGAUAAAAGAUUGGUUUUGCUGUUGUAUUGUGACAACGUUCCAUUGAAUGGCAAUGCAUGAGGGUUGCACUA